UCUUCAACGCAUCCAGGAGAUUGAUCACUAUGCUAAUGAACUGUUUCGGAAGACUCUGCGUUAUUGAAUCCGUGUGUAAGAUAUAUCGCAUUGGUAAUCGACAGGGUGGAAGCAUUCUACACGAGGGAAGCGUAUAUUUCGUUCUAUCCCGACCCGUCGACGCUUCGGCAAAAAGUCGUUUAUACAGAAUCUAUAGAAUUGCACUUUAGUCGCAAUUUCUUUCGUCCCAAUUAGCGUGCCUUUCUAUUUUAAUACGUCCUAGAUAAAAAUUAACAUAGAUUUCAAUCAAAUAUUGAGUUGGCAACUAAAUAAUUGCGGAGUGUAUCAAUAGACUUCUUAUUUAAAAUCCGCAAUCACUUAGUUGCCAACCCGAUAUAUCUAGAGCUAGGUAACGGAGUAUGUAAUUCGUGAAGGGAGAGGAACAGGUACAGUUAUCCUAUACCCGUUCACCUUUGGCGAAGCGUCGGUCGGGUCGUAAUCAGUUUAAUGUACAACGUGUCUCGUGAUUGCUUAGCUUAAGUACUGACCUCGGAAGCGUUUUUAGCCAUAACAGCAACCUGAUCGGGGUCUCUGCCCUGUCCUAGAAACGCGCCCAGCACCGCGGUCAAAAUGCCCUAAACAACCGACACCAGCCGUGUGCUCUAAUUUGUAUGUUUUUUCUUUUCACGCUCUCUGUACUCGUUUAUUUACAAGGAGGGUGGAUAGGUGUUUGAAUGGAUUCCGGGAGCUAUCCGACGUCGCUAUCCGAAAAGACAACUUCGUGACGCGACGUCCUGUUAUCACCUACGUCGACGGGUUUCGAGAACGAAAGGGAAUCGGUGAAUCUACGUCGAAUAUGGGGAAAUUAAAUCGUUUAGAAAACCAUGAAGAUUGUUAACGUGAUCAGUGUCCUCUUCCUUAAUUGCAAUACCAGACCAUGAGGUUCGUUAACAGAAGUAACAGCUCGUGUCGCUCAGUUUUCUCUUUUAGUAUGAAAAAGAAUAUUUCACAAAAGACGUCUGAAUAGAAUUAAUACAAUAAAAUUAAUAAUAUAUAACGCGAUGAAAAAUAAUUGGAUUCAUUUCGGGAAGGGUUGACACGAACUCCGCUGAAAUAUUCACGGGAUUCUUAACCGGUACAUACAUGAUACGUGAGAGGAAGACGAGUAUAACUGUUCGUUUUCCGUUACAUGCUCAGCGAUGUACAGUCUACUGCGUAGGUGUGCCACUAACAGCUAAUCAGCUUAUUCAAAUGUACAGCGUGUCGUAUGUGUGCGCGCGUGGGUCCGUGGUGACCCUACAGGAUCGGAGAUCCGUCGGAACGGUCCCAUGGUAGAUAAUCGAUCGAGAAUCGUAAUUAAUUAGAAAAGGGAAAUGCUCGUGUUCCAUCCAGUGUGGCUAUCACCAUGGAAUAAUUCCGACGAGCCCGCGAUGCAUGACCCAGAUCGCGGAUCCCGCGGUACAGUCAGUUCGGCUUGCGCCUGCUUGCUUUCGUUACGCGACCCGAAUCGAGAUGAAAGUCGUGGUGGGGAACUCGUGGUCGUUCCUCUUAACCGAUUGCUUUCUAAAUUCGUUAGCGCGGUGUAUAAAUUCUUUUAUGACACGCUUAUCACCGGUAAUAUAAAAAUACCGAAUGAUCAUCAGGAACAAUAUAACGUUGAAAUGAAUUGAAUAGUAGUAUCGUGAACCGAGCGAGGGUGUUCAUAAUCGAAAAUAAAAGCAUUGAAAACGAUUGUUCUGUGAAACAGGCAAAGUCUCGAAGCGGAAAUGACCGUAAUUUGUGGUGAAGUCGGUGGAAGAGGUAUAGCGAGAUCGUAAAAUUCAGUCUGUCAUACAAAUUAUUAUUGGAUUUAGCUUUCAAGGGCCAAGGUAAGUAAAUUUAUUUGGUACCCUUGUGAAUGACGAAAAUUAAAGAAAUUUUGUUCUAAAAUUAUUCUGUUCUCCAGUAAUGAGUGUUUUCAUGUCUGAUAACUAAGCGACAGAUAGCGAUCACCAAUUUUUCUGACUAGUUUUAAGACCUCGCUGCACCUCUUCCGCUGUACAAGAAUUCGUACGUCGAGAAGCUUACCUGCAUGGGGCUGCUCUGAUUGUCGACUUUGUCGAUGCCGUCGACGGACUGCUGAGGACCACCCAAGAUUGCGGUGAGCACCCUGAGCCCGACGGACAGGAGGUUCGACCAAGGGCUGGCCGGUGCACCGUCGUCGAUCUCGUUCUUGCUCGGUCCCGUGAUGCCACCCGUUUGUCCCAGAAGCAUUUGCAUCAACAUGCUCAGCAUGUUCGACCACGAGAACCCGGUACUGCCACCCUCCUGCGCGGGACAAUAGAAUAGCUCAUCGAUCUCAGAGUUCGAGGUAGAAAAUCCUAAGCGUCGUGGAACGGCUAGAAUCGAGGGAACGACGCGAGUAGAUCGUGGCCGAGUUUACCUGAAUUUGAUUGGUGCUGAUGUCGUCCAGAUCGUCGAGGGCGACCUUCUUCAUGGCGUUCGGCUUCUCAGCGAACUUCCUCUCGUCCCUUACCUGGGGCUGAUACUGUUGCGGAUACUGAGGAUGCUGCGGCAGGCUCGCUGCUUGCCCGAGGACAAGCCCCACCAAGCAAAGGGCUACGUAUUGAUGAUAAUUCAUUCUGCAACCGAGACCGCAAAUCUACAAACCUGAUUUUCAGAGAAGACGACGUGCGAAUUCGAACGCGACGGGAAAGCUAUGAGUAAGCGUGAAAGGGGUUGAUGCAACGCUCUCCCCGUCGACGAGUGACUCAAAAGAGAAAACAAGAACGAAGGAGAAUCCGGAUCCGAACACGGUUCCGGGAGAAAAUCGUCAGAGAUCGAGUCACACUCCCAAUACCUCGCAGCUUCCGUCCCACGAGCUGAUCCGCGCUCUCUCGACUCGUCUAUUUACGAUCAACGCUAGGAUUUUGGAAAUCAAAUGUACGAAGGUGCAAAUAAUUUUCUUAUUCUUUCAGAGAGAUUCGCGAAACGUCGUACGCGUCGGCAGUGGCAGGAAGCGGUACCGUAAACUCGAUAGAAGGCCGUACUUAAGCAAGUAUCGGUGGCCUUGAUCUUGAAGACGAGGAACGGCACUUGCAGGAAAAGGUGAGCGAUCGCUUCGCGCGCGGAACGAAUAAAGCGGAAUGAAGCGGUGGAAAGGAUCCGACGUCGCGGUGAGCGGGCAGGAAAAGUGUGUCAGAGCGGUUAAGGUCAACCUGGCAGCACCGAGUAGCCCACUUCUCCGAUCGGAGCUACCGGUUUGUUCAACCUGGCGUGUACCGUUACGUGGAAACGCGGUCGUGACCUACUCGACCAACCUGACUCGCGUUGAAAAAAAGAUGAAACGAGAAAAACGAAGAGAAAGAGCGGAAGAAAGCCUCGAACGAAUUUAGAUUCAAUACCUGCGGGCGUUCGGUGAACAGGUGAACGAGUUCAUUAAGAGCGAUUGCGAUGGGACGAUUGUUUAUUGAGGAACGUAAAAGAUUUUUAAUUGACAUAUCGAAUGGACAUCGAGUGAACCUACUAUGCCUGUCCGACACGGUGCCUAGCCGCUGGAAAUGGUCGCGAAUCAUUUCUAAUUGUACCCGACACCUGCAAAAGGAAUCUUCUACCUGCUCUCGUAUCGGCUCGCACGUCUCACCGUUAUCCCUGACCGGUCCCGACACUAAAUGUUCAAAGCCCGACCCAGCGAGAAAGGUAUAACGCGAUCUGUCAAACGUAAAAUUUUCUAAACGAAACGACGGAUUGUACUUUUAUCUUUGAUAUUACAUUCCUCUGACCCUAAGUAAUAAUAGUACAAAAGAAAAAAGACGAACUCGGAACCAUUAAAAAAUCAGAGAAAAUCGUAGAACGUCCUCGCGUUACUCACGCGUUCGGCGGGUAACGGAAAGAUUCGUAUGAACUCGGGGCAGAUUAAUAAUAAUACCGCUUCGCUUCGACUCGCUUAGGUGAACUGUACUGUGGUGUACUCACUCGGUUACUUUCAGGCAGACUUCCUUGACACUGACUCUCAGUUCUGAAGAUGAAAUUCCACGCGGGGUCUUCUAUAUAGGUUGCGAUCUCACGUGGGGGGUAGACCGUACGGCCAAUGACCACGCACCUUUGGCUUUAUUUUCAAUGGAACUGACCAAUCUUCUACCGAUCCCAUCUGUUCGCCGAUCCCGGAGGUCUACUUUUUGACGACGCUUUUCGACCAGCAUUUUACGGUUUCGACGUAACACGCGGCUUUUAUUUCGAUCGAACGAUCUUUCAGAAAGAUCCGCUUUUAUCCUUCGUAGAGCCAAAGAAUCGGUAGUUCUUAUUUAAAGGAAGAAAGAACGUAAUAAAUCUUUUUAUAUUUACGACAAGCAGAUCAGGGAAGUUCUCCCACGGACGUCAAUGUCAUGUGUCAAUGGCACAUAAUUCUGUAAAUUCCACGAAAUUGUACGCGACAUUCGUUGCGGUAAUUUUUUCGCCUGCUUACGGAAACGUUCUUAUAACAACAUUUCUUAUUUUAUCAGAUUCCUUCGAUGGCUAAUCAACGGGAGUAAAUUACAGCUAGGAGGGAAAUGAAAGAUGAAAGUCAUCGACCUUUCUUCAAAUUAUUUAUUUUACUUAUUGAAUCGUCAGAGGAGUGCCGAAUCAAAAUGGAACGAUGGUGCUACAUCGUCGUUUUUGUACCAAAGAUACAAUUUGAAAAUGAUUUACAGAUUGUGGAUGUGUAAAUCAAAGGAAACCGAGUAUCGUUGGAUCAUCGCAUGGAGUCAUUCAAGUGUUCACGGCCCGAGGCUUUCCUUUUCUUCUUCAAGGCCCACGUUGCGUGCAACCCUCCUAGGCGAUCGCAAUUCAUCAUAACUGUUUCAGUAGCGGGAUGCUGGAGUCGAGUCUUCUUAUUAGGAGGAUCUCGCUAAUCGUCGGCUAUAGAAAUGACCUACACUCCCCGUGGUACAUAGAUCAAGUCUUAAAACGUACAUUCACCUGCACCUGAUUUCAAAGAAGAUUAAAGUUCUUUAAUAGGGAAACGUGAUCCAUUGACCACUCAUAGAUUUUAAUAGACCGUCAAACAUUAAAAAAUUGCAAUGAAACGAAGAAACAAGGAAGGGAUGGUUACUGAGAUUUAAUGAGAAUUCAAGUAGUGCAAGAGCGAUUAAUAAUUUGUUUCACGAUCGGAAUAUACCGAUAGAUAUUCAUGCACGUUUCAAACCGAAGGAAUCAUGCAUCAUAGAUAGAUGGUAACGUAACGGGACCGGCGAACGACCUUCGUGGAGGUGAACCAAUUCUAUGCUGGAUGUAACCCAGUCCCUUUCUCCCUUUCUGCUUCCUUUCAUUAAUUAAUUCAACAGAAAUAUCAUGCUAUUACUCAUUAUUAGCUUUGACAGUGAGAAAGUUACGCCUCCUUGCGAAAUAUCUAGCGACGAAGUCGAAUCGCAGAUAUUUCUACUUUUUGACCGGAUCCUCCUUUUACGCGGAUCGCAAGAUAUUUUUACGAAGUGAGUGUAAAGGACCGUUGAAAGAACGCGAUGCGUCUCGUAACGGGAAAUGUUUGAUCGUUCGUUAGCAAGUGGUUUAGAGUUCGUUGGAACGGGAAUUCUUAACGAACACACGCUAACGCCGUUUGCUACGAAGAGGUAUCUCUCGUUUAACAAGUUUCUAGGCUACGCCUUGUACGCUCGUAUGCAUGUACUCUCCUCCGAGGUGGCUCGUCCGAGCGAGCGGCCGCGCGUUCGCUCAUCCCGAACGAGCUUGGAGAAAUGAUCGUUCGCUAUGUUCCGGCAUGUUACGUAUAAUAAGACCGUACAGAAUAAGAGAUCGGGGCCCGCUAUUAGACCUCUGCCACUGACACAGAAAUUCAAUUGCAUACCAACGACCGCGAACCGCUCCUUCUCUUAUUUUCAUUCGUUUCAGGCUCGUAACGAAGCUCUGUAUAAAUUGAGAUUUGUAUGAGCGUAUAAACUAUUCUAGAGAACAUUUUCUUUUGUCUAAAACAUUAUUCAAAAGUUUUUACAAUAAAUAAUUGUAUUUAUUAAUUAAUUAUUGACGCUAGCAACAAAUUUUUAAGCAUAGGUUGUAGGCACGACAUAUCUGCAUCUUAGAUGGAUCCUUUUUGACGUCUCUCAAAUUUCGUACGAUUCCAAACAACAGAAACGAAUUCUGUUUAUCAAACCCGCGAAUAUAUCUUAAUGAAACUUGAUAGACGAUUUCAAAAUUAAAAUCGACCCUUUCACAUGCGCACCGACGAGAUAUUUCCUCUCUGGUAUUGCUUUUGAAUUGCAUGUAGUCAUCGCAUCGCGAUUCUGAACUCCAACCUCAAUCUCAAGACCGCACAGCAUACAGUUCGUGACAGGGUGACAGGCAGUUUUCAGUGUUGUGCAAAUUGAUUUUCAACAAGGCAGCGAAACGUACUUGUUAAAAUGGAGUGUUUGAUCGGGAUACAAUUUAAGGACUUUGUAUUAGUCGCGGCUGAUAUGACCACGGCUCAAUCUAUCAUGGUUAUGAAGAACGAUGAAGAGAAAAUCUACAAAAUGUCUGAUAAACUCGUUAUGGCUGUGUCUGGUGAAUCCGGAGAUACUACACACUUCUCAGAAUACAUUGGGAAGAAUAUACAGCUUUACAAAAUGAGGAAUGGCUAUGAAUUAUCUCCUAAGGCAGCUGCCUUGUUCACUAGAAAGAACUUGGCAGAUUACCUUAGGAGUAGAACUCCUUACUUUGUCAAUUUGUUGAUAGCUGGGUACGACGAUAACACUGGACCAGAAUUAUAUUUCAUUGAUUAUCUGGCAUCCUGUGUCAGAGUGCCUUAUGCUGCUCAUGGCUAUGGGGGUUUCUUCACCCUUUCUAUUUUGGACAGAUAUCAUAAACAUGAUUCAACAGAAGAAGAGGCAUACAUUCUAAUGAAGAAAUGCGUUAGAGAAAUACAAAAGAGGUUGAUAGUUAAUCUUCCGAAUUUCAAGGUACAAAAGAUAUCUAAAGAAGGUAUAAAAAAUCUCGAACCUAUCACAGCCAAGAACUUGGCAAUAGAAGACGCGGAUAAAGUAUAAACUACCCAUUUUUAUUCAUUUUAUUAUAUCAUUUGCAAUGUAAGAAAUAAAAGUAUUGAAAAACGA